UUCUGAUUUCAUGGAUGAGGAGUUUGACAGUGGAUACCAUAGCUUCAGUGACAAUGCCUUCAUCAAUUCCAGUGGCUCUAUUUCUUCAAACUCCAGUGCUAUGAAGCAACUGCAACAGAAGUUCCUUGGGGAUUCCAAGAAAAACUAGUGUUCUAACUUUGAUGAUCUGUAUGUGUACGAGUCCAUCAUGGAUAGUUGUUCAAAACCCUGUGACGUUUUAGAGGCCAAGACCGUGUCAUCUGCUGUCAUUGUGUCGUCUGCCGUCAAGUUUAAGCACUCCAAACAUCAGUGUCCUGUGUGCGGGAAGACUUACAGAGGAAACACCAACUUGAACUAUCACAUGGCAACCCACACCGGCAUCCGGCCUCACAAAUGUUCCGUCUGCGGGAAGGCCUUUACCCAGAAGUCCACUCUGCGCACACACAUUCGGAUUCACACAGGCGAGAAACCGUACUACGCAGCACAGCUAAGGCUGUCAAUAAACUUCGUUCAGACUGUAAGCCCUCAGACUUUGAUAUCUUCUGGCGAUGAUACUCAACUUGAAGUCCAGUACUUCUUUGAACAAUAGUUUAUUAAUCGUGAUCGUAUAAUUAAGAUUACAACAAUCUAAAGCAGCCCAAAUCAAGAGUCUAAGAAUCUAUAUAAGCGGAAUCUAUCUAAGCGGAAUUUCUUAAUCUGUUCAACAUCAUUUUACAUGGGUAUAUAUAACAUUUUACUUAUGAUGGACAGUUCUGACUAGUUCGGCCCAUUUACGACGAUCAUGAGUGAACAUUUAGUGUUCAAAAUUAAGAUUAAUAGUUUAUUCCUAAAUAAAGUAACAAAACCGUCAAAACUGCCAAUCAAAGAGUCUGGAUGCAGGAUUUGAGUCUCCGAGUCCUGGGUCUCGGAGUCCCCCACCUAGUAUGAGGCAUCACUUACUCAUAAUACGAUCAUUCAUACAUGGCAUAAAAGGGAACAAAGGUUAAUAUAUAGAAUACACAAUACAUGACUCAAUAUAGAGUACAAGAGCUAUCGUUGCAGACACAGAAUCGCCAAAUAUGUCACUUGUUGUUAAACUCUCAAUUUGGAUAUUAUUAUGCCCGUAUUAUUCGCCUGGUUUUAUAACAUCAUUUAGGAAUACUACGCAGUGCUACAAGAUUCACAGAGUUCAUUCUAUUAAUUAUCCUUAGCACCAUUCAGUGCGCAGCACCUAGGUACACUUAAAUAUCAUAGUGACCAUUAUUUAAUACAUGUACUAGCAAUUUAAGGUCAUAGCAUGGCUAUCUGUUUACAUACGUCCCCCAAACAAAACAAGUAUCCCGAAGGGAGAUUUUUCAUGCCUGGCGCCCGGGAUAGGAAAGCGUCCUUGAUCUACCCUUGAUCAGACGAGCUUCCUAGUGACAUACCAGUCAGAACAUCUAUGUUAAGAGAUAGUAUAAAGUGACAUGUUUCCACCUCCGGCUUGGAACAUCAUACAUCUACUAAAACAAAUCUAUAACCAGAAUGUAUACAUGUACAUAACAUGCGCGGAUCCAGAAAUUUUUUCCAGGGGGGGUCCGAAGGAUAAUUGUGUUUGCCAGGGGGGGUCCGAGGCAUAUUUUCGCGAUAAUUUUACUAUGUAAAUUUAAUAAAUUUUCAUUUUCCAGGGGGG